AUGAUUCCCGAUGAUGAUGAUGUUGAUGAUGAUGAUGAUGAUGAUGAUGAUGAUGAUGAUGAUGAUGAAACGGAAGAUGUUGAUGAUGAUUCUGAUGAUGAUGAUGAUGGUGAUGAUGAUGAUGAUGAUGAUGAUGAUGAUGAUGAUGAUUCGGAUGAUGAUGACGAUGAUGAUGAUGAUGAUGACGAUGCUGAUGAUGUUGAUGAUGAUGAUGAUUCGGAUGAUGAUGACGAUGAUGAAGAUGAUGAGGAUGAUGAUGAUGAUGAUGAUAGAGAUGAACAGGAUGAUGAUGAUGAUGAUGAUGAUUCGGAUGUUAAUUUUGAUGAUGAUGAUGAUGAUGAUGAUGAUCCGGAUGAUGAAGAUGCUGCUGCUGCUGAUGAUGAUGAUAAAGAUAAAUCGGACGAUGAUGUUGGUGAAGAUGAUGCUCAUGAUGAUGAUGACGAUGCUGAUGAUGAUGUGGAUAAUGACGAUGAUGAUGAUCAUGUUGAUGAUGAUGCGGAUGAGGAUGUUGAUAAUGAUGAUGAUGAUGAUGAUGAAUCGGAUGAUGAUGAAGAUGCUGAUGAUGAUGAUGACAAUUAUAUUGAUUGA